AUGCUCAGAAACACAAUACCAAGAAGUCUGAGCUUUGCAAGCCGACAAUACUUUUAUACUACUGGUCGUAGAGCAUUUGCCUCUGCACGUGCCACCCAAGCUAGAACUGCUUCACCAGCUGUUUUUGCUGCUGCUUUUGCCACUCCAUUUAUUGGAUAUUUGGCUUAUACCAAUGUUGCCCAUGCCGACGACAAGGAAGAAGAAGUGAAAGAAAGCACACCUGCUGAAGAAGAGCCCUCGUUUCUCAAGAAUGAAGUCAUAGAUCUCAAAGAUGUCAAGACCAACACCACACUUUUGAAUGCCUCGGAGGUUGUUGCCGAUGCCACUGAGGUAGUCACCUCUGCUGCUACUGAAGCCGCUGAGAUCACUGAAGAAGAGGCUGCUGCUAACCAAGGAGCAUUCAACCCCGAAACUGGUGAAAUCAACUGGGACUGUCCUUGUCUUGGAGGCAUGGCCAACGGUCCAUGUGGAGAAGAGUUCAAGGCUGCCUUCAGCUGUUUUGUUUAUUCCGAGGCUGACCCCAAGGGAAUUGAUUGUGUGGAGAAGUUCCAAGGUAUGCAAGACUGUUUCCGCAGAUAUCCUGAAGUUUACAGUGAAGAGUUGAGAGAGGACGCUCCUCUUGACUCUGUAGAGGGAGAUUCUGCUCCUUCCACCGAGGGUGAAACUGCUUCCACCGAAGCUGCAACUCCAUCGUCCAACUCGAUCUCGGAGUCUAUCGACUCUGAAAAACCUGCCGCUUCCGCUUAG